GUUGUCAUCUAUGGUAUGUGGUCAUUUUAUUUGACUUUGACAUUUAGUCACAGUUGUUGAAUUUUGUUGCCUUUUUGAAUUGUCAAUUCUGACAAAAUGACGAAGGGUACUUCAAGCUUUGGCAAGCGCCGUAACAAGACCCAUACGUUAUGCAGGAGAUGCGGUAGAUCAUCAUACCAUAUCCAGAAAUCGAAAUGUGCCCAAUGUGGAUAUCCUGCAGCGAAAUUGCGAUCAUACCAUUGGUCAGUGAAAGCUAAGCGCAGGAAGACCACAGGAACCGGCCGCAUGCGUCACCUCAAGAUUGUCAGGAGGCGUUUCCGUAAUGGAUUCAAGGAAGGCAAACCUACACCUAAAAAAGCUGUAGCCUCCUCGUAGAUUUACUGUUAAAAUGUAAUAAAAAUUAAAAAAGACA